CGGAACACAAAUGGGUGCAUCGGAGCCGGAGCACGACUGCUCAUUUACGAAAAAGUGUGUAUCCGGACCCUUAGGACUAAUAAUUAGCUUUACAAAAGUAUUACAAGCAGAUUCAUGUGAAUAGCAAAUGACGGAGAAGUUUGCGGAUGACGUAGCUAGAUUAUGUAUCGAAAAAUACAACUUCCUAAAAGCAGGUAAACCCAAUGCUCGUGAAUGGACCGUGUUGUCUGGCAUCGUUGUAAAAAACGCUGACGGCUUAUUGUCUCUGGUAGCACUCGCUACUGGGACAAAAUGUUUAGGAGACUCGGAAUUGAUGAAGAGUACUCGAGAAGAGGUAGGCUCUCGAUUGAGCGACUCGCACGCAGAGGUUCUAGCCAGGCGUGCGUUUAUACGUUACUUGUACGAUCAGACCGAUUUGACUUUGAGUGGCUCUGAGAGUGCGAUUUUCUCGCGGAACGACGAAAAUAGAAUAGAAUUAGACAGUAGGGUAUCAUUUCACUUUUUUUCGAGUCAAACACCUUGUGGGGAUUGUUCCAUUUUCCCUAAACUGGAAACGAAUGACGAUGGCCUAACUCCAUGUAAGGUCAGACGUGUCGAUCAAGAAGAUACCAAUGGACAUAUAAUCGCAGAAUCAUAUUGUAAAGAUAUACAUAGGACAGGAGCGAAAUGUGUGAAAGGAGACCAAGUACAGGAUCCUCGUUUGCCUGGUGGAGAUUAUCAUAUCGUAGGUCCUUUGCGUACCAAACCAGGUAGAGGAGAUCCCACGAGCAGUUUGUCUUGCUCAGAUAAGAUGGCAAAGUGGCUCAUUCUCGGUUUGCAAGGAUCACUCCUAUCAUUGUUAAUACCACCAAUAAAGCUGGAAAGUAUCACGAUCGGAGGCGACUGCCCGUUUUCUCUAGAUGCCAUGGAACGUGGGUUAUAUAAGAGAUUUAACAACAAGUUGGUCAGACCUAAGAUUUUGCAAGCAAAAAUUGCUUUUGUACACAAAAAAGGACAACAAAGAUCAUAUCCUUGCCCAGUAAGCAUUAUAUGGUGUGCCGUGAAAGACAGUGCACUAGAAAUGGCAGUUGCAGGCAGAAAACAAGGGAUCACAAAGAAGAGAAAAGGCAAGAAUUUACUCGUAACUAGACGAAUGCUUUUGCGAAGCUUUUUGCAAAUUUUGGACAAAUAUCAGAAUUACUACAGCGAAAUAAGACAUCCAAAAAAGAUUACAUAUUACGAUUGGAAACAAUGGUCAAUAAUUUAUCAAAACGAAUGGAAACAAUUGAAACAUGAAUCAUUUCACAAUUGGCCACGUAAACCGAUGCAUUUGCAAAAAUUUGCAUUGUGAAGUUAUUGUAUAGACGCGACACAUUUUUCUAGGCACAUAAACCUCUUUAUAUACAAA